UCCAGCCGUGCUUAUGUCAUACAAUUUUAACUUCAAUACAUACAUUAAAUCUGAAGGUAUUAUUUUAAACCGGCAGUUUCUAAAGUUGAAGAUUGUUUGUAAAUAUUUAUUUAACACAAUGGAAUUUACUCCAGCUCUUUCGACUUUGCAAGGUGUAUUCAUAUCUGCUGAUAGUGUCCAUUCUUUUUCCAAGUUAGCUGCGAAGGGAGGCAAUGAGAAGAAAAUAGAAUACAUCAUUGAGUGUAUUCGUAAGUUUCUAGUCAAAGAGAAUUACAUAGUGGGAAAUAUAAUUAAUGAGGAACAUGUGCAAAUAUUACGGAAAUUUGCCUUUUAUAUUGUUUUAAAUUCAGAUCUCUGUAUAUUAGAAGAAAUGGUUGACUUAGACGGUAUCGAUUUUGUUAUUUGGACAAUUCCGACAAUAAAAAGAUGCCUAAUGUGUGAAAUUUUAUGGAAACUGAAUAUGGAAAAUUUCAUAUAUGAAAUCAUAGUUUAUUCUUCCCCUUACUUAGGUUUAGAGGUAGCCGCGGCCUUUAUAGAGAACUUCAAAUAUUUUGAACCAACUGAAUGUUUGUCCAAAUUAAAAAUAUUAACUGCCGCUUGCUAUCGGCUUUUAGCAAGACAGGCAUUUUUUAAUAUUCAAGAUAAUGAAAUAAAGGAAGCUUUUAAUUACUUUCAGAAAUGUAUACAGCUUUGGGUAAAUCUUCCCAACAGUGAUAAGUUAAGUAGGCUAAGUAGAGAAGCUGAAUAUAAGUUUAUUGGAGACCGUCUUCAUUCAAUACUUUUAUUGGCACUAGAUAUUUUCUCUUACUUCACCACUGAACAAAAAAGGAAAUCUGCAGAUUUCCAAGACAUAUAUGAGUUAACUUUCAAAGAAGAAAUUUUAAAAGAUAAAAGAGAUGUUGUAAAACUGAGCAGUUGCAAUCAUAGCAUUCUCAUAACAUACCUAGACAAAAGUCACUUAGACUUUUUGGAUGUCUGUCAGACACUGGUUAUGGAUGUAAGUGUCGAUAUCUUCUGUGCGUGGACAGAAUAUGAAGAAGAUGAUAAAAGCAUGCAACAAAAAAUUGGAGAACUGUGUUAUAAGGUAACAGAAACUCUGAGCAAAAUAAAUAGUAUUUCAGAACAUCCGGUGCUCAGUAUGUUGCAGCAAAUCUCUACAAAACCUGUGAAUCUUGAAGAUAUUAUAAAUAAAACCGAUGUUAAUAUUAUAAUUGAAAACAUAAAUAAGGCUGAUGAUAGUUCUCAGUGGAUAAAAGCUUUAUUAUAUAGAGAUAACUUGUGUGAGGAACAACUACUGAUUGAACAGUUGUCAAAUCAUUUAGAAGAACUGAAUGAAGAAGAGUGUUAUAAGUUAUUCAAACUUUUCAAUAAGUUCAUUCAAGAUCGCAGAGAUACUGAUGAAUUCCUUAAGUUACUAUGUAUAAAACUAUUUCAAAAAUGUGAUAGAAAUAUAAAAUAUGACAUUGUAGAAAAUCAUUUCAGCAAUGAAACAUUUAAUAAUUCGUUGGAAACUAUGGAGUAUGACAGUAUGGGAACUGAGAUUUUCAAUAAACUUAUCAUUAGUUCUGAUGAAGAUUUCUCAGUUAUCUUGUCCUUGCUACUACAAAAUCCUAAAAAGGUAUAUCACAAAAUAUUCUCCCUUGCAAGUGAAAAUAGCCAUCAGGCAGAUAUAAUGAAUAAGGUUAUGAAAAGCUUGGACAGAUUCUCCAAGCACUAUUACAGUGAGGAAACGGAAUCCUCUAUAAUAUCAACAAUAAACGAAAUAAUAUCUUGUUUAGAUUCUGAAGUAAAAACUAACAAUUUUAUUCAUUUUUUAACCUGCAUAAAAAACAACAGUAUUCCUGGACCAAAACUUCUUCUGUUGGUUAUUAUGCCAAAUUUACACACUGCUCUUCUAAAGAACAAUAUCGAGCAAAUAUGUGUACAAUGCAAACUGCUACAGGGAGCUUAUUCCUUAAAUGAGUUGGUACAGUACAGAGCCCCCACUCUAGCUAUGCUCGCACAAGUACUCGAUUCGGUUAGAUGGAAAAUAAAUACGUUCACAUCUAUAGCACCCCCUACUUUAGAUCUUGUCAUACAAUUACAAACCUCAUUGCUAAAUACCUACGAAUCAGACAUCCCAGAAAAUGAAUCUGUAUGGUUAAAAAGUAAAUUGAGAAAUAUAAAGCCUUUAAACAUGUAUUACUUCAGGUUGUUAUGGAAUCCACCAGGUAAUACAUUUGUUGAAGUUAUAAGUGGCAUCCACAUACACAAGGAUAUGGACUUGGAGCAUUUAGUGGUGUGGUUAUCUCAGAUCAUAAGUUCCACAAUUCUUCAAGAGUGGUAUCAAAUUUGGGACAGCUUAUUAGUGUUUGGUUACAAGAAUAUUUUAGACAUAUUUCAUAAAGCUCUCAUUUUAAUUUGUACGGCAGAAAAAUUAAAUCAUACGGAUAAAUCAAGAGCAUGUCUACUGUAUUGCAUUAAGAAUUAUGUUGCAGUUAUACGGUAUAGAUUCUUUACAUUACCAUUGAAGGAUAACGACAUCAGUUUUGUUGUGAACAAAUUUGCAAUAAUAGAUAAUUAUCUUGAGGAAUAUUAUGUGGAAGAAGUGAAAAAUGUAAUGUUACCGCUAUUCAGUUACAUUGCUGAGAAAAAUGAAACAAUAGACAAGGAUAUAUUCCAACGCUUGCAUAACAAAUUCAAACAUGCUAUAGUUAUCGACAUGAUAAACAAUCUGUUCAAUAAAAAAAUGGUUGCAGAAUAAACACUUACAAAAAUUUUUGAUAUCAUAACAACAGUGUUA